AUGGCCUAUGCCUUGCAGCGGGUCGAAAAGCCCUUGUUGCGUGGAAGAGUAGUGUAUGUAAGGAAUCAGGUCUACAGUGUGUACGAAGCGUUGUUGAAUAUCCUGGAGCAGUCUCAGACGGUCGAGGAAGAGGAGCAGGAAGACUGGUGGUCGAUGACGGAAGACAGCGAUGAUACAUUUAAAUCGUCCACGUCCACGACUACCGGUCGCGCAACAAACAAUACUCGUCGCAGGCGUCGUGUUCGUGACGUCUCAUAUACCAGCCGACCGCAUUCCAGCGAAUGUGUCAUUUCCGUCGAAGAGGACCCCGUCGACCCCCUCCGAUCCAUCGCCUGGGGCCGUAACGACCACCUUCGCACCCUCUUCGACCUCCUCACGCUCAGAGACGCCAUCAUCUCGCACUCCCUCCUCCAAGGCAUCAUCUAUGGCGCUGCUAUCAUC